ACCAGGAAUACCGUGCGGUGGGCAGUCUGCACAGCUCUAGGAAGCUGGAUCCGAAAGAGCUCCAUAAAGGAUUGCGGUGCAGAGGAGAGGGCACACAGGUGGCCGGAGCAGCCUGCAACUGCCAGAGCCUGAUGUUGAGAGCACUGGAGGCUCCUAGCCAGGCUGUCCUCAGCCACUGAUGGCUCCGUCCCAAGAGCUACCAGAGGCUAAGCGCAGGGUCAGCCCGACUCCACAGACUUACGUAUUCCUUCCACAGGACGAGCUGAGCCUCUGGCAAGGUCCCUGGGCCUGGAGGAGAAGAAGGGCUCGGGCCGGUUCCGGGCGGUGGCAGCGGGCUGAACGCGCGGAGCGGGGCCGGCGUGCAGGAGGAGGAGUCGGCGGCCAGCUCCGCUGUCAUGUCGCGCCAGGCCAAGGACGACUUCCUGCGGCACUACACCGUCUCGGACCCCAGGACCCACCCCAAGGGUUACACGGAGUACAAAGUAACCGCGCAGUUCAUCUCAAAGAAGGACCCAGAGGAUAUCAAAGAGGUAGUAGUCUGGAAGCGAUACAGUGACUUCCGUAAGCUCCACGGGGACUUGGCCUAUACUCACCGCAACCUCUUCCGCCGCCUAGAGGAGUUUCCGGCUUUCCCCCGAGCCCAGGUGUUUGGUCGGUUUGAAGCCUCCGUGAUUGAGGAGCGGCGAAAGGGUGCAGAGGACUUGCUGCGCUUCACAGUGCCCAUCCCUGCGCUCAACAACAGCCCCCAGCUCAAGGAAUUUUUCCGGGGUGGGGAGGUGACACGGCCCUCUGAGGUGUCCAGGGACCUUCGAAUCCUGCCACCCCCUCUCAUCCCUACCCCACUUCCUGGUGAGGCCCGACUACUCCAGCCACUGCCUGCAGAAAGGAGGGGCCAGGAGGAGUUGGAGGUGCCAGUGGACCCCCUACCGUCCAGCCCUGCCCAAGAGGCCUUGGAUCUUCUCUUCAACUGUGACAGCACCGAAGAUGCAUCCAGCUCUCCAGCUCGAGGUCCCCUCUCUGAGGCUGAACUUGCCCUUUUUGAUCCUUACUCCAAAGAGGACAGGACAGGCCCCAGCCCCACCCACACAGGUGAGCUGGCAGCCGUGGAGGUGCAGUCCAAAAGGCUGGAGCAGGAGCCCUGGGAGCCAGGAGGACAGGCGGAGGAAGAGGCUGAGGCUGGAGCGCCUGCCCCAGCUUACCUAGGCCAGGCCACAGAGCUCAUCACUCAAGCCCUGCGGAAUGAAAAGGCUGGCGCCUAUGCUGCUGCUCUCCAAGGCUACCAAGAUGGGGUGCACAUCCUGCUUCAGGGAGUCUCGGGUGACCCAUCCCCUGCCCGCCGGGAAGGUGUGAAAAAGAAGGCAGCGGAGUACCUGAAACGGGCAGAGACCCUUCAAGCGUACCUGCCCUGAGCGGGGACCCUUCCUGGGAUGUCGGCUCCAGCACUGCCAGCCUCCUCCAUGCCUCUCCUGGGGACCUUGCCUCGUCCGCUGCUCUUGUAACCCCAGGGCCGUAUCUGUUAACUGGAUCAAGUGUGAGAAAAGCUGAGGCUUAUCACCUCUGACCUGCCUGCCUCCUUGGAGUCAGACGUGACCCUCUGGUCCUAUCUGCCUGUUUCAUGUGAGUGGCAUCUGGGCCACUGAUUUGUCAGUUCACCCUUUAGAGCCAGCAUCUGUAGCCAGACCUGGCCCACUGCCUUUUUUCUAAGGCCCUCGAGAUACAAGAGAUUUUCCUUUUCUUUCUUUCUUUUCUCUCUCUCUCUCUCUCUCUCUCUCUCUCUUUCUCUUUCUUUGUUGUUGUUGUUAAUGGUUGGAAGGAAAAGGAUUCUUUGACAAGUGAAAAAUUUAUAAAAUCUAAAUGUGUGUGAAUAAAAAAUGUGUCAGAACACAA